UACAAGACGCGCGUUGCUGGUGAAAAAUUAAUACAAAUCAUAGUGCUAUUCAAUUUAUUUCAUGUACUGUAGUAAAGAAAUGUGUGUGAUUAAGCUAUUCAUAUUGUUUUAGUGUUUUUAAUUUAAACAUGGAUUCAAAUUAUGUUUCCCCAUUGUGGUUGAAACAACUAUUACAAGAAUGUGAAAAUGAAUUCGCAGAUCAAACGUGGCCCAUCAAGUUACUGGGGAAGGAAGGGCGGAAGGCCGUGUGGGCCGUGAGCACGAUCCUCGGAGCCAACUCCAAGGGCAUCCCAGCGCAGGCCUGCCGUCUCCUGGAGCGGUACCUGGCGGUGCGGUGUCAGGAAGCUGGCCCCCUACUUACUAACUUAGAAGAACGCGAGCGUUUCAAGCAAAUGCUAUCGUCCCAGCUGACGGUAAUAAUAGCGGCGUGCGUACAACUGGCGUCGAAAAUGUCAUGCGCGGCCACCGCGCUCAGCCCGAAGGUCCUGCAGUUCUGUCUCCUGCGCAGGGGCAUCCUCUGCACUGUCAAGGACAUCAACCGGACUGAGUUACAAGUAUUUGAUAAAUUAGGUUGUAAAAUCCCGUUGUUCACGAGCGUGGACUGCGCGGAGCUGCUGGCGGUGGAAGUAGGGUUGCCGUUGUGUAUCCUAAGGGACAUCGGUCUACUUGUGAACAUCGCCGAGUACCACCGCGAUCUACUCGACCAGAUAGUCAAGGACACGGUCAAGUUGCCGGCUUCCACCAUGUUCAAUUACACAUCGCUCCGCACGCUGCAUCUGGCAGCGGGCGCGGUGGCGGCCGGCGCGCGUCACUUCGGUCACGCGACCGUCAAGCCGGUGUCGAAACUCGCUAAGCUCACCCGCGCUCCGGUGGUCUACAUUAAGUGCAUAGCCUCGGUCCUCCUCAACGACAUCCUACGACAGGACUCAGACGAACCCGUGCCUUGCAAGAAGAGAAAGGUUUAAAGUAACUAUCUGAUUUAUCGUCUUGUGCCGUGCUAUAGGCCAGUAGUGAAUUGAAAUACUUUAUUCGGUUUUCCUUGAGGUUUCAGCGCACGGAAAAGCCAGCAUUUUUUCACAUUUAAACUAGCAUCUUUGGUGAUCGAUUCACCAUAAUUAUUUUGGUCAAUUGUGUAGUCGGGUACUAGAUAUGACAAAAGAUAUCAUACCAUACUGUAACAAGGUCAUAAUAUGAAAAAGUUAGUGAUAUAAUUUCAUAUAAAUGUAAUGAAGUCUGUCCACCCCAAGAAAAAUUAUAUUCUAAUACCGAACUGGUGGUUCGGUGAUAAUGAGGCCAUUUUGAUUAUUAUUUUUAAAUCAGUCUAAAUUACACUUAAGAUGUAAUUAAUGUU